CACUCAUCUGCUGCUCACUUGGAACCCUAACUCUCUCCCUCUUUCUCUCCGCUUUCCCUUUCCUCUGAGCAGAUCUUCUUCUCCUUCUCAUCUGCAAAAAUGGCGGCCUCUCGAUCCACCUCCUCCCUCCACCACCACAAACCCAGCAGCGUAACUAAUCUAUAAACCCAGCACAUUCUGCGUUCCAGUCCUCCCUCUGACCUCUCUCAUGGCGACGCCCACCUUCCUCUUCCUCGUAACAAUUGCUAUUCCAACAAUUUACUUCCCCGCCACCUUAACGGCGGCUCAACGGCUGAGUGCGGAAACGGCACUCUCUGAGAUCCAAGCGUUAACGGCGUUUAAGCGUAACCUCCACGACCCUCUUGGCGCUCUUGACGGCUGGGAUACGUCCACGCCGUCGGCCCCGUGCGACUGGCGCGGCGUCGUCUGUUACAACGACCGAGUGCGGGAGCUCCGCCUGCCUCGUCUCCACCUUGGCGGCCGAAUUACUGACCACCUCGCGAGCCUCCGCGAACUCCGCAAGCUCAGCCUCUACAGCAACAACUUCAACGGCGCCAUACCUCCUUCUCUCUCCCAAUGCGCUCUCUUGCGGGCUGUUUACCUGCACGGCAACUCGCUCACCGGAACUCUUCCGCCGGCGAUUUUCAACCUCACCAACCUCCAAAUCCUCAAUGUCGCGCACAAUUUCCUCUCUGGAAAAAUCUCCGGCGACAUUCCGGUGAGCCUCCGUUACCUCGACCUUUCGUCGAAUACAUUCUCUGGUGAGAUUCCGACGAACUUCUCCGCUGAUUCAAGCCUCCAGCUUAUCAAUCUCUCAUUCAAUCGGUUCUCCGGCGGGGUCCCGGCGACUAUCGGGGGUCUCAAGAAUCUUGAGUAUCUGUGGUUGGACUCGAACCAGCUGCACGGUACUCUGCCUUCGGCGAUUUCCAACUGCUCCUCACUCGUACAUUUGAGCGCCGACGACAAUGCGCUGAGAGGUCUGAUUCCGACGACGAUAGGAGCGAUGCCAAAGCUUCAGGUGGUGUCGCUGUCGCGGAACGAGCUGUCAGGGGCGGUCCCCACGUCGUUGUUGUGCAGUACUGCAAACAACGACUCGUCGUUGAGGAUUGUGGAGCUCGGAUUCAAUGCGCUCACAAGCAUCGCUGAGCCGCCAGAUAUCUCAAAAUGUUCGAGUGCAUUGGGGGUUUUGGGCUUAAAAUCCAAUCAGGUAAGUGGCUCCUUCCCAUCUUGGUUGAUAAACGUGACAACAAUUAUGAGAGUUCUAGAUCUUUCUGGAAACUUGUUUUCGGGUCAAUUGCCGCCGGAGAUUGGCAAUCUUCUCCGGUUGGAGGAGUUUCGGGUGACAAAUAACUCGCUGUCCGGUGAAAUUCCUGGUGAGAUCGUGAAAUGUAGCUUGUUGCAGGUCCUUGAUGUUGAAGGAAAUAGGUUUGCAGGUCAAGUUCCACUUUUUUUAGCAGGAAUGAGGAGCUUGAAAGUGUUGUCUUUGGGUGGGAAUUUAUUCUCCGGUCCCAUUCCGGUGAGUUUAGGAGCGCUUUCGUGGCUUGAAUCUUUGGAUUUGAGCAACAAUAAUCUGACCGGGAAAGUUCCUGAUGAGCUAAUGAUGCAGCUAAGCAACUUGACUAGUUUGAAUCUGAGUAAUAACAAGUUUUCUGGUGAAAUUAUUAAUGUUGGAGAGUUGAAGAGCUUGCAGGUUUUGAAUUUGAGCAAUUGUGGGUUUUCGGGGAGUGUUCCUGCAAGCAUUGGCGGUUUGAUGAAGCUUGAAACACUUGAUUUGAGUAAACAGAAGCUUUCGGGGGAGUUGCCGGUUCAGAUUUUCGGGUUGCCAAAUUUACAACUGGUUGCUGUGCAGGAAAAUCACUUAUCAGGAGAUGUCCCUCAAGGUUUUAGUAGUUUGAUUAGUUUGAACUAUCUUAACCUAUCUUACAAUGCUUUUACUGGUGAUAUUCCUGCAACUUAUGGAUUUCUCAACUCACUAGUUGUUCUAUCAUUGUCUGGAAAUCGCAUUUCGGGUACAAUCCCACAAGAGCUUGGAGAUAGUUUGAAUCUUCGAGUUCUUGAGCUUUGUUCUAAUCAGUUAGGUGGCAAAAUUCCAGGCGAUAUCUCUCGCCUAUCCAAUUUGAAAGAGCUCAAUCUAGGUCAUAAUAAGUUGACAGGUGAAAUCCCAAAGGAGAUUUCCAAUUGCUCUUCUUUGAAUUCUCUGUUGUUAAGUGGGAAUCGCCUUUCAGGUCAAAUACCACACUCAUUGCCUAAGUUAUUGAACCUCACAGUGUUGGAUCUUUCCUCUAACAAUUUGAGUGGCACCAUCCCCGUAGAUCUUUCGCUCAUCAUCCCUCACUUGAAAUACCUUAACUUAUCAAACAACAACCUUGCUGGAGAGAUUCCGAAGCCACUGGGUUCUCAGUUCAACGAUCCUUCUGUGUUUGCAAGGAAUGGAGAUUUAUGUGGGAAACCAUUGGAUAGAGAAUGUGCAGAUGUGAGAAGGAGAAAAAGAAACAGGUUGACUUUAUUGAUUGCGGUGGCUGUGGGAGGAGCUUUUCUUCUGGCGUUGUGUUGUUGUGGCUAUAUCUACAGCCUACUGCGAUGGCGGACAAAACUUAGAGAAACGGUAAUCGGGGGGCAGAAGAAACGAACUAGCCCUCGAACAAGCUCAGGGGAUAAAAGCAGCCGGGGAAGUGGCGAUGGAGGGCCAAAACUAGUGAUGUUCAAUAGCAAGAUCACGUAUGCAGAGGCAUUGGAAGCAACGAGACAAUUCGAUGAGGAAAAUGUGUUAAGCAGGGGAAGAUAUGGACUGGUAUUCAAGGCCACGUUUCAAGAUGGAAUGGUGCUCGCAGUUCGACGCCUUCCCGAUGGUUUUCUUGAUGAAGGCAGCUUCCGCAAAGAAGCUGAAGAUCUUGGCAAGGUGAAGCAUCGAAACCUAACAGUUUUACGAGGCUAUUAUGCCGGUCCUCCGGACGUGAGGCUCCUUGUGUACGAUUACAUGCCCAAUGGAAACUUAAGCGCUCUUCUACAAGAGGCUUCUCACCAAGACGGGCAUGUACUAAAUUGGCCAAUGAGGCACCUCAUAGCACUCGGCAUUGCUCGUGGAUUAGCCUACCUGCACUCUGCCUCAAUGGUACACGGCGAUGUGAAGCCACAGAACGUUCUUUUUGAUGCUGAUUUCGAAGCCCAUUUAUCCGAAUUUGGUCUAGACCGGGUAACCAUAGUCACACCAGCAAAAGCUUCCUCGUCUUCAACCACGAUUGGCUCCUUAGGCUAUGUGUCCCCCGAAGCUGCAUUAACAGGGCAAGCAACGAAAGAAGCCGAUGUGUAUAGUUUUGGGAUUGUAUUGAUGGAGAUACUGACCGGGAGGAAUCCGAUGACGUUUACUCAAGACGAAGACAUUGUGAAGUGGGUGAAGAAGCAACUUCAGAACGGUCAAGUUUCCGAGCUGCUCGAGCCCGGGCUGCUCGAACUAGACCCGGAAUCGUCAGACUGGGAAGAGUUCUUGCUGGGAGUGAAAGUGGGGCUUCUUUGCACGGCUCCUGAUCCGCUUGAUCGACCAUCCAUUGCCGACAUUGUGUUCAUGCUUGAAGGUUGCAGAGUCGGACCCGACAUCCCGUCGUCAGCUGAUCCGACGUCUCUGCCUUCGCCAGCCUAAUUUUCAAUUUCAGCUUUUAACCAAGAAAAGAAAAAAAAAAAAAAAAAAAAAAAAAGACCAUUAUCUUCAUUGCAGCAGUUGAUUGAUUCAUUUUCUACUAUUGGUUAUAUUCCUGGUUUUUUCCUACUUUUGCUCAAUUAACUUUGAUCAGGGUCCCGGAAAUACGAUCCAGUAAGCCAAAUGUCAUUACUGCAACUUUUUUUUA